GAGAUCGUCCCUGCGGCAGUCCUCGUUUUGUUUACCCGCGGCGACCAAUAGGGCUGUCUUUUGUAUUUUAGCAAAUAUCAAGAGAAGUGAUGAACGAAUGAACAACCAAGACAAGAGUGAGUGAAAAGGAGCAUUGGCAUAAAGAAGUCAGCUUGGCAAGUCAAUCCCAGACGGAGGAGUGUUGGCGGGUUAGCAGAAAUGUUUGUGGCCAAGAGUUUGAACGCCGAGCACAAGGAUCUUAUUCACGAUGUGGCCUUUGACUUCUAUGGGCGACGCAUGGCCACUUGUUCCAGUGACCAGAGCGUGAAGAUAUGGGACCUUAAUGAGGAUAGGGAGUGGGUGUGCACUGCCUCAUGGAAGACUCAUUGUGGGUCUGUGUGGAAGGUGACAUGGGCUCACCCAGAGUUUGGCCAAAUCAUUGCCACCUGCUCAUUUGACCGCACAGCAGCCAUUUGGGAGGAGAGUGUGAGUGAUUCUGGGCGUGGCAUCCACAGCACCUGGAUCAAGCGUGCAGGUUUAGUUGACUCACGUACUUCAGUAACAGACAUAAAAUUUGCUCCUAAGAUUCAAGGUUUGCAACUUGCCACGUGUUCAGCUGGAGGAGUGGUAAGGAUAUAUGAGGCACCUGAUGUGAUGAAUCUCAAUCAGUGGUCACCCCAAUAUGAAAUCAACUGUAAGCUGCAGUGUUCCUGCAUCUCAUGGAAUCCUUCACCCUCCCGGCUCCACGCACCACUAAUAGCUGUGGGAAGCGAUGAUCCCAAUACAUCUUCAGGACCAAAAGUGUUUAUCUACGAGUUCUCAGCCAACACACACAAGUGGAACCGUGUGGACAGCCUUGUGUCAAUAAGUGAUCCAGUGCAUGACUUGGCCUUUGCUCCAAACUUGGGCCGGUCCUAUCAUUUGUUGGGUAUUGCCACCAAGGAUGUGAGAGUAGUGACACUACGGCCUGUCAAGCAAGAGUCAGCACAGAGCCAGGGCAGUUCAAUGUCCUUUGAGGUGCGUCAGGCUGGUCAGUUUGAUGAUCACAACUCCACUGUCUGGCGAGUCUGCUGGAAUGCAACUGGAACUAUUUUGGCCUCCUCUGGGGAUGAUGGAUGUGUGCGCCUCUGGAAAGCAAACUACCUGGAUAUCUGGCGUUGCAUCUCAACUAUGCGUGGUGACACUGUAGAGAAUGUAGCUGAGGCUGACAGCUCUGGAGGCUCAACACAGCAGAUGGGGACAGCUUCCACUGGCCAGCACACUGCCAGAUAUUUCAAGCUUGCCCCUACUGCCCACCCAGCUCACUUACAAUGGCACUGAUGUGAUUCUAGUAUAGAUACACUCUCUCUCUCUCUCUCUCUCUCUCUCUCUCUCUCUCUCUCUCUCUCUCUCUCUCUCUCUCUCUCUCUCUCUCUCUCUCUCAAUUAGUUAACCUCAGCCUCUCUUGUUUUGAAAAUUUUGAAUUAUAGGAAAACAUUGUAGGCAUGGGCGUGACUUUUUAAUUACCAAAUAUUUCUGUGUCCAAUUGACAGCAUCUUCAAUGACUAUAAAAUUAUUAUUCAAUUAUAUAUCGUAUAGAGAAGCUGAGAUCAAGCAGUAUAUGACAACAAAUAAAAUAUUAUUUAUGGUUGGUUAAUUAGUCUUGAUAUGUUGUAAUGUUAAGAUGUGGGCUACAUUUCAUCUGGAAGUUGGAUUAUCAGUUAUUUUGUCACAUUUUAUUUUUUGUUUAUUUAUAUUUUUACUAUGUAAGUUUGUAAUUUAAAUAUUUGGUAAUUUGAAUAAUCACAUUCAUUCUUACAUCAACAUUGCUUUUCUACUGAACUUCAGUUCACAGACAACUAUUUUCUCUCCAUUUUAUAACUUUCAUAAGGCAUCAUAUUUUUAUAGUGAAUACCUGAAUGGCAUUAUGAACAAGAGUGAAAUGACUUAUAAGUGUAAAAAAUGAGAUUCUAGAUAUGAAAAAUCAUGCAUAAAUCUAUGAAAAAUUACUUUUAUGAUUAUCCUGUCACAGUUGCUCUGAGGCAUGAUUGAACAUUGAUUAUUGCAGUUUUACUGGAACAUUUUUCAGUAUUUUGACUGAAUUUUGUUAUACAAAUUAAAGUUGUCAAAACUA